GUCGUCACGCAGGAGGAAGUGAACGGGACCGUUUGACAGAGAGCUUGUUUAGCAUGGCAGCAAAGUCCCUGUGGUGUUUCCAGUGUCUCCCCAGUAACAUCAUGGUCUCCACAGCAGUUCCCAGACUGGACUGGGACCCUCAGCGUGGUCACAGUUUAAAUCUGAGGGGUUGUAAAGCAGUUCUGCCUAGGAGGGCCGACCCCGCUGAGUUGAAAGCCAUUUUUGAAAAGUAUGCCAGCGUCAAGAAGAAUGACGAGUGCUUCAUGUCGCCGCAGGACUUUGUGAGCCGGUUCCUCCAUGCCCACACAGACAUCCGGCUGUCAGACGAGGCCACGAAGCUGCUGGCUGGAGUUGUGGAUCAGAAGAAAGACGGUUUGAUUUCCUUUCCGGAGUUUGUGGCGUUCGAGUCGGUGCUGUGUGCCCCAGACUCCCUCUUCAUGGUUGCCUUCCUGCUGUUUGAUAAAGCGGGAAAUGGAAUGACCACUUUUGAGGAUGUGAAACAGGUCUUCAACCAGACCACCAUUCAUCAGCGCAUCCCCUUCAACUGGGACUGCGAGUUCAUAAGGCUGCACUUUGGCACACAGAGGGACAAGCAGCUCAACUAUGGGGAGUUCACCCAGUUUCUCCUGGAGAUGCAGCUGGAGCACGCGCGGCAGGCUUUCAUCCAGCGGGACCAAGCCCACAGCGGCUCCGUGUCGGCGCUGGACUUCAGGGACAUCAUGGUCACCAUCCGGCCGCACAUGCUCACAUCCUUUGUGGAGGAAUGCCUCGUGGCGGUUGCUGGUGGCAGCACUUCUCACCAGGUCAGCUUCUCGUACUUCAAUGGCUUCAAUUCUCUUCUCAACAACAUGGAGCUGAUCAGAAAGAUCCACAGCACCUUGGCUGGCAACCGCAGGGAUGUGGAAGUCACCAAAGAGGAGUUCAUCGUGGCAGCGCAGAGGUUCGGCCAGGUGACACCCAUGGAGGUAGACAUCCUCUUUCAGCUGGCUGACCUGUCAGAGCCCCGUGGACGUGUUGGUUUAGCGGACAUUGAGAACAUCGCUCCUCUGGAGGAAGGCGCCCUGCCCUACAACUUGGCUGAGGUCCAGAGACAGCAGUUGGGCAGUGGCCACUCCCGCCCCAUCCUGGUCCAGGUGGCAGAGUCGGCCUACAGGUUCGCCCUUGGCUCAGUGGCAGGGGCUGUGGGUGCCACAGCAGUGUACCCCAUCGAUCUGGUGAAAACACGCAUGCAGAACCAGAGGAGCAGCGGCUCCCUGGUUGGAGAACUCAUGUACAAGAGCAGCUUCGACUGCUUCAAGAAGGUGGUGCGCUACGAGGGCUUCUUCGGGCUUUACCGAGGUCUCGUACCACAGCUACUGGGUGUGGCGCCCGAGAAAGCCAUAAAGCUCACAGUGAAUGACUUUGUUCGAGGAAAGACCCGACAGAAAGACGGCACAGUCCCUCUGGGAGCUGAGAUCCUGGCUGGUGGAUGUGCUGGUGGCUCCCAGGUGAUCUUCACCAACCCUCUGGAGAUUGUAAAGAUCCGUCUGCAGGUGGCGGGAGAGAUCACAACGGGGCCGAGGGUCAGCGCCCUCUCCGUCAUCAGGGACCUCGGCUUCUUUGGACUCUACAAGGGUGCCAAGGCCUGUUUCCUGCGAGACAUCCCCUUCUCAGCCAUCUACUUCCCCUGUUACGCCCACACCAAGACUUACCUCAGUGAUGAUGACGGACAGAUAGGGCCAGCCAAGAUGCUGUUUGCUGGAGCGCUAUCAGGCAUGCCGGCAGCCUCUCUGGUGACCCCAGCUGACGUGAUCAAGACCAGGCUGCAGGUGGCAGCGCGCGCCGGGCAGACCACCUACAGCGGGCUGACGGACUGUUUCUGGAAGAUUCUCAGGGAGGAGGGACCUCGGGCCUUCUGGAAGGGAGCUGGAGCUCGUGUGUUCAGAUCCUCGCCUCAGUUCGGUGUGACCUUGGUGACCUAUGAACUCCUGCAGCGUUGGUUCUAUAUCGACUUCGGAGGACAAAAGCCGGCUGGCUCGGAGCCCACCCCCAAGUCUCGGAUCAGCCUGCCGGCGCCCAACCCCGACCACAUCGGAGGCUUCAGGUUGGCCGUGGCCACGUUCGCUGGCAUUGAGAGCAAGUUUGGACUCCAUCUCCCACGCUACACGGUGCAGACGGCAGCAGCAGCAGAGGCCCCCUCCAGCGUGAGCACCGCCUGAACCUCCACAGGCGGAGGGGGGAGUGAGAAGUGAAAGAUGGGCCUCGACUAUUUUUCCACCAAGUUAUUAUUUGUAGUAUUUAUAAUUGUUCCUCUUUUAAUCAUAUAUAUAUAUAUAUAUAUAUAUAUAUAUAUAUAUAUAUAUAUAUAUAUAUAUAUAUAUAUAUAUAUAUAUAUAUAUAUAUAUAUAUAUGGUAACCUAGCUAAUUAGCACAGGUAUGUGAAGAAAAUGCUCUGUCGAAGGUCGUGCAGUAUUUAUUUUACCGUCGGUGUCAAUGCAGAAUGGAGUUAUAGAUACAGUGUCUGCUCACCGGCAGCAGAAGGGCUGAGCUGCACACGACUUCUGGAAGUUGCAGCUUCUUCCUGCGUCUUCCUUUUCACAUUCCUCACACGAUCACCUCGCUCGCAAACAAAAUCUGAUCAUGAAUGUUGCACCUCUGUACAUAAGAGAUAUCCAGAGACAUAUUUUCAUAUCCACAGAGCUGUUUUAGUCCCGUGUCGCUCCUUCAGUAGUGUGCUGGUCACCAUAUACUGUAUGACCAACAAAGUACUUGAAUGUAAAGACUGUACACAAUGUUAACUGUUGUAACAUGUUUGGUUUCAGCUCUAAAUGUAAGCAGAUGUAAAUAUGUGAGAGACGGCUGGCACGAGAGUUUAAUCUGUACAGUACGGAGGAUGUAGGCGUUACAUGUGGUGUGUAACCAUCGUGCCUUACUGUACGUUUGGCAGCAACAUGUGUACCGAGAGUAAAGAGACACUUAUAUUAGUUAA